AAAGCUACAAAUUAGUGUACGAAUCGUUGGAUACUAUGCAUGAACGAAUUAGUAUUUCUCUCACAUCUUGAAAGUCGCUGUGCGAUAUGAAGUAAGCUAUAUGUGUGAAGCAUGACUGGACAAAGUGAAGUUGUUGACCUCUGGUGGUGGGGCGGCUGAAUGACGUUGGUUCACCAUUCGUUGGUCAUCCACCACAUCCACAGCCAUCUCUCAUCAACUCAUACACAGACCAUUGUUCCCUCGAGCAACCCUGAGAUCUUCAUUUAACACUGUGACGGUUCAUUUGAAUACAUCAGUCCUUUCCCCGAGUCCUAAAUAUCUAUUGCUCCUCUCGAUAUCGCCAUGUCCGGCUUAGAAAAGGCCCUCUUCAACCUCAAGUUCACCGCGAAACAACUCAACCGACAAGCUGCCAAAGCCGGUAAAGAUGAGCAGACUGAGAAAGGGAAGUUAAAGAAGGCGAUCCAACAAGGCCACCAAGACAUCGCCAAAAUCUAUGCGCAGAACGCCAUCCGCAAACAGAACGAAAAGCUCAACCUCCUCAAGCUCGGCUCCCGCAUCGACGCCGUGAGUAGCCGCGUGCAGACCGCCGUGACGAUGCGCUCGGUAUCGCAGAGCAUGGGGAACGUGGUGCGUGGGAUGGACCAGGCGAUGAAGUCGAUGGACCUCGAGCGGAUCUCCGCCAUCAUGGACAAGUUCGAAACGCAAUUCGAAGACCUCGACGUCGCGACCGGGUACUACGAGAACGCGACUAGCUCGGCCACCGCGGUCGCGACGCCGCAGGAGGACGUGGACCGGCUGAUGAGCCAGGUGGCGGACGAGGCGGGCGUAGAGUUCCACCAGGAUCUGGAGGCGGCGGCGCCGGUGAAAACGAAGUUAGGGCCGACGGAGCAGGAGGAGGAGGGGCUGGGGGAUCGGCUGAGGGCGUUGAGGAGCGCGUGAGCGGGGGGGGUGGAGGUGUUAAGGCGUUGCUUACGAUGUCAUGCGGGUUUGGUACUGGGUGGGAACGGGUU